GUGGGUUUGCGUUUGCUAUCAUCAACAUGCGUAAAAACUUAAAAGGAAGCGUUCCCUUCGAAUUUAUUUAUUCGGAAGCGGAAUCCAGCUCCGAAGAAGAGCUAAUUGAAAAGCCUAUUCCCUAUUCAAGAGUUUCUUACCCAGAUAAUAACAAUGCGGGAAUAUAUUUUAUGUCAAGUGAAGAGUGUGUGAAUAGUGAUCAAAGCGUGACAUCUAAUCCAUCUUACUUUAGUGUUGAGAGUGAUAACAGUGAUCCAUCUUACUUUAGUGUUGAAAGUGAUAACAGUACCAUUGGAAGUGUUGGAUCUCCUGAAUCUAGUGAAUCAUCGCAAAUUGAUUUAGGACGAGAUGAAGUUUCUCUAGGACAAGAUUUUGAUGAUUUCCAAAGUGCCCCACAAUCGGAAGACAAUGAUAUCUAUAAGUCAUUACCGAAUGGAUUAACAAACAAUAAAUUUUCAACAUUAUCCACGAUUUAUGACAAAUUUUAUUUCGAUGAUGUAAAUUUAACAGAAAUAGGAAAUUCAGAUCUAUUCUAUUGUACAAAUCCUGGCUGUCAUAAAGCUUUUGCUUGCGAAGAGGAUCUGCGAAAUCAUCUGCUUUCACAAUAUAAUCCUGUAAUGAAUCGAAGUGCGACAUAUCAGCAACAAUCGGAGGUGAACACGGAUCCGAAACAACAAUGCCAUUCCAAUAUGGUGAAUAUAGAAGCGAAUGAAUUAAACUCAUAUGAAAGGUUGGAGAGCAGUAAAUAUAGAAGAAAUGAUAGAAAGAAAGAUUCCUACCAUGAACAACAAAGUAAAAUAAAUUUUUGGGCGAAAAAUAAUCGUAGAAAUAACCAUAUAAAUAACCUAAAUAUCACGCGGCCACUUAUUUGUGAUAAACCUCAACAUGAAUAUUUCGCUUCGGGAAGUUAUUCAAAUAGAUUUAAUUUCCGCAAUCAUUCAAAGCCUUCACAGGAUAAUGAUAAUAGGCACUUAAAUUUUGGAAGGCAGAAAUACAAACAUUAUUUCUCUUAUAAGAAUGUUAUGAGAAACCACUUAAACCAUUUUAAACCGACUAUACAUGAUGAACAAAGACGUGGAAGGAAGGAGUUUACCACUAGACACAUAAAUCGUUCUGAUUUAACACGUUAUAUACACGAAACACAUGGAUAUGAACAGAAAUUUAGGGCUAAAAAGGAACUGAAGAAUCAAGCAACCAUUUUUAGUCAAAAAGAAAUUUCUUUAGUAUCAUAUAAAUGCAAAGAACAUAGGUUUAAACAACGUUUUAAAUGCAAGAUUGACCGAAGUAUUCCUCUUAUCAAGAAUCAUUCACAUAUCUGCAAGGUCUAUAAUGAACGUUUUAUGCAAGAUGUCAGUUUAGUUCUGGCUAACGCAUCCGGAUUCUCGGCUAAACAGACGAACGUUGUAGCAGCUCCGCUAAAAAUCACUGAUCCUAUAAUUGAUAGCAUUUGGAAUCCAACAAUGAAUGACAGAAAUACUAUUAGUGGAGUAAAUCCUCCGCCGACAUUGUAA